AUGACUCUCACGGAAUUCUACGUCGCCAUCCUCAAAAAUUAUUCAGUCACUGCAGAAUGCGGACAGUUGAUGCUUGACGAAAUAGCAAGCGAGGUACGGCAGUCAAGUCCCAGUGCAGUGGUCAACGUAUACUCUCCAAAUGAAGGCACUGCCUUCCCCGACCCGAGCUCUUACGACUUGAUCAUUCUCACUGGAGGUCUCUUUAACCUCCUUGGAGAGGAAAGGCCCUCCUGGGUUACUGAAACACUUGAGUUUAUUCGAAAAGUCUACUUAGGGCAGACGAAGGCGAAGGUUUUGGGAAUCUGCUGGGGUCACCAGGCGAUUGCCUUGGCUCUCGGUGGUUCCAUGGCCGAGUCAGAUCGGGGACCUUGUAUUGGCGUUGAGACGCUCCCACUCACGGCAGAAGGCGAGGAAUUCUUCAAUGCGUCUUCUCUGGAUAUACACAAACAUCACAAACGAAUUGUCACCAACAUAGGGCCACAGCUCCGUCCGCUUGCCAUCAAUAAUGAGGUUCUCAUUUCCAAGAACAAUCGCAUUCUGAGCUUCCAGGGUCACCCUGAACUGAAUGAGGUUAUCUCGCGGUCAAUUGUCGAUACUGACGACCUUUCAUAUGCCGUUCGUCCGGAGCUGAAGAAGAUUCUUAAACCUAUUAGUGCACCCCAUGACGGCCACAUGAUAUUCGGCAGGAUUAUCAAAUGGGUGUCUGAAGUUUGA